AUGGCUCCCUCCAAGAGAAGUGGGAAGCACAAGCCAUCUGCCGCAUCUAAUUCAUCCGGCAACAAUGGCAAUUUGGACCCUCCCUCGCCGUUCAAGCGGCCGCCGGAGGUGCUGGAGCCCUUCAUCCGCGAGCUCUCGCAGAAGCACAUCUACAUCACGCAUAUCGACGCCAAACCAGCCGCCUUCAAGCGCAAGAUGUUCCUUGUGCCCGUCGCCCUGAAUAUGAGCGUUGCCGCUCUUUUCGUCUGGCGAAUGUACUCCAUCCUGCCCUGGUACUGGAAAAUCCUCAUGUCCGGCUUUGGCCAUCCCAACGAGAUGACGUUCCCUUUUCAUGAGGCGUCGUGGUCGGAGCUGUCUUGGGAGGUGUGGAAGCGCGGUAUCGUCAUGUUCAUCGACUUUGUGCUGUUUGUCUUCGUCUGGCCGUGGCCCGUCGAGUUCACGCUUGCCACGACACACGGCAACCCGACGCUGUGGCGAUGGAACGUGGGCUUUCGGGACAAGGAGAUUUAUGUCCGUCGCAGCCGUGACUGGGACAAGAUGCUGCGCGACAUCUUCAAGGAUGCCGACUCAAAGAAGAUUUUGCUUGCCUAUACUCAGCAGGCCACGUCACCCAUGCUUCAAGAGCAAAAGACUGGCUAUCUCCUUAUGAAUGAAAAGUGGGAUCUGGACUGGAACGGCAUGAUUUUGGCCCACAGGCUGGUUGACAAGAAGGAUGCUGCUCUCGAGGCGUUUAAAAAUGUCAUUUUGGUGUACCACCAGGACUACGGCUGGAUGUGCCACGACCUCAAGCUGGGCAUCGCAGCCGAGGAGGAUGAAAAGAGGAGGCAAGUUUUUGCUUUCCGAGAUGCCCUUACAGCUAUGGGCAAAGAGAACCUAUUUUACCGUUGGAUCGAGAUUGUGCAGUUUGAAUCAACCCAACCUGGAGGAUUUGGCCCGGAGAAGCAAGAAGCCACUGCCAAACAGAUUCGCGAGCUCUUUGAAGCUGAAAAUAUCAACUUUGAUGAGCUAUGGAAAGAUACGGUUGGUGGGAGGGCGUGA